GGCCGUGUUUUGCGAUCUUUUCCGUCGUCGUUUCUCGUUCACCAAAAUUGCGACUUUACCAAACAAAAGUAAUUAAAUGACGAGUUUCUUCGUCACGCGAACAAGACUUAUCGCAAGUAAAGAAACUCUGAAGACGAGACAAAAUUUGUUUUAGACAAAUCCCUCGAUAAGACGACUGCUCUAUUGAGAAUACACACGGAGGUUUAUUAUGUCUUCGUUUUCUUGGAGCUUUCUCAAGACAAUUGAGCGCCCGACCGAUCGAUAACCUCUUAAAAUACACACCGUAUUUUACGACACCGAGUUAUUCUCUGUCCUAAAAUGCGACUGUCAAUGUCAGCCCUGCUAUUGGUGGCUGUGUGCCUUGCAUGUUCAGUCAUCAUCGGCAAAAUCUCAAGUGUCAUCAACGUGGAUGUUGCUGAGGGAGAAAUUUCUUCCAAUCCCCAGAGUGACGACGAUAAACAUGCAUCCAGAAGGUUAAAAUAUCAGGAUGAUCACUUGCCGGGAAACAGAAUUCCCGGAGAGUUUGCAGACAACCUGUUUUGGUUCCUGCAAAUUUCUGACUUACACAUAAGUGUUUUCCACGACAUUUCGAGAGUGAGCGACCUGAGAGAAUUUUGCAGAACCACCAUCGAUACCAUUAAACCAAAAAUUGUCCUUGCAUCAGGUGAUCUGACUGAUGCUAAGAUGCUCGACAACAUGGGCUCUCGGCAGUAUAUCGAAGAGUGGCAAACUUACAAAUCUAUUUUAGAGGAGUCCAGAGUGCAGCAGAAAACACUGUGGCUAGACGUUCGAGGAAAUCACGAUAAUUUCAACGUUCCUGGCUUGCACAGCUCGGAAAACUUUUACCGCAACUUUUCAGUGCAGGGAACAAAGCACUUGCGUUCGUACAUGAUCCAAGUGAGGCAUGAUUCAGACGUGUACUCGUUUGUUGCGGUUGACGCCUGCCUCGACCCAGGCCCAAAGCGGCCGUUUAAUUUUAUCGGCGUGGUUGGUCUGAAGGAGUACGAGCAGCUGAAGGAAUUUGAUCACCAAGCUAACUCCGAGAGCAAUUUCACCAUCUGGUUUGGCCACUAUCCCACUUCAUGCAUUUUGUCACCCUCUCCAGGGAUGAGACCCUUGAUUGGUAGCUCCGGGGUCGCUUACCUGUGUGGCCACCUCCAUCAACUCGGAGGAAUCGUGCCAAAUAUGUAUACCUUGCAGAAGAGCGGCAAUCUGGAAUUAGAACUUGGAGAUUGGAAGGAUAACAGGAUGUUCCGGCUGCUAGCGUUUGACCAUGGCUUGUUUUCAUUUGUUGACGUCCUCCACGGCGAUUGGCCAGUCGUCCUGCCCACCAACCCCAAGCAUGCCCUGUUUAUGGUGCCAGGCAAAGAAUCGACAACAAGCAUGCUCAACUCGAGCCACAUCAGGGUGCUUGCUUUUUCUACGGCAGCUAUAAAGAUGGUCCGGGUGCGAAUAAACAAUGGCGAAUGGGGUGUUUGCAAGAAUGUCAACGGUUCACUUUACGUUUUUAAGUGGAAUGCCACCAGAUUUAAGAAAGGAAUACAUCACUUGACAGUGGAAGUUGAGGAUGAAUUGGGCCGGAGCAAAACUGUGGUUCAGCCAUUUUCUCUUGACGGCACAAGACUAGCCUUCAGUGUUUUGCCAAGAAUUGCUCUGAUGGUCAAUAUCAGUGUUGUUUUCCAGUGCAUGUUUGGAGGAAUGCUAAUUUUGUGCAUUGUGCCGAUGUGCUUAACCAGAUUCAUGCACAAACUUGUAAAGAACAAGAAAAUGCGUCGACCUCGCCUGGGUGUUGGUUUUCUGCAAGAUUGGCUGCGAAAGAUUUGGAUCCUCUCCACUGUCGACAGAAUUUUCUUUCCUCUCACAAUUUAUGCUCUUUACUUGACAAUAGGCCCUUGGUCAAUUGGCGAGGUGAUUGAAAAUCACACUGGUAUCAUUUUUGCCUGGGGAAUGGUAAUCAAUGGAUCCUACUUGCCUGGAUCCUUGACUUACGCCUAUGGAUUCAUUCAACUGUUUACAUACCAUUUUCCUCUGACACUCUAUUUGGCUCACACAGCGGACAAGAGGUUCCAAAUGCUUUAUGUUUUUGACAAUUGCUCCAUGCUUGGUUACCUGUACCGUCAUUUGCCGUUCAUCUUCAUCGUAGCUGUCCAGAUGGCCUAUGCUUAUUUCUUCUGGCUUGCUUACGGCACUCUAGCCUUUGUGCUCGGACCUUUGCGCACCUGGUCUGUUAUUUUGGGCAUUUUUCUUUGGUUCCAAGCAAUAUCUCUUCAGGAAAAAUGCUUAAGUGAUGCAAGUCUUGUCUGGAUAAGCAAAUCUGCAGGCGGUCGUCUUUCUGUUGCCAAAGAAGAUCAAGAAGAGCAGAAAAUGGUCACCUCAGCUGCUUGAAAAAUGUCCAAAGUAAGUUGGCUUUGCUUAUUAUUGUAGCUCAAUUAUACUUUUUAUUCAAAAAUUUUAAUUGUGUAUUCUGAGCGCCGCGUGCGUUUAUAGUUCUAUUAUACACACAAUGUGACAGAUGUUGCUGGCAAUAUCUAUUUUAUUCCAUUGCUAGCGUGAUUUCUUUAGCAAUUAAUCCGUCUGCUUUGAUGUAAAAAAAAAAUGAGCUUUUGAAUGUGCUGGGCAUACCAAUUUAUUUGAUUAUUGUUAAUUGACACUAAGUUUUGCACACAAUCCUACGACUGAAUUAACUUGGCCAGAUAUAUACAUUCUAUGGCUUAAUCUAUUGAUUAUAAUUUUUAAAGCACCCAGUGUUACAAAAUUUGAUAAAUAAUCAAUGCAUCAAAACUGUGAUUGUCAAAGUGUUAACAACGCUAAAUUCUAAUUCAACAUUAUUAUGUAGUUAUAAAAGUAUCUUAUCAAUGUUGAGCAAUACUUUUUAGCUCGUACAUUUUUCCACUCGAAAAUCAAAAUAUUCAGUCCCUCCUUCUACACACUUCACAGCACCAAAUUUAAGGUCUUAAUCACUAGCCAAUGUAUUAUAUCCUAUAAUAUUUUCCUAUUCUCCUUUGCAAGUUUCAACUCUCUAAUUAUGCUUUAAAACAACUAAAUGUGCCCACUUCCUAGUCAUUCCUAUGCUACAGCCGCUACUUUGCCUAUUUCCUUGGCAAUUUUUCUUUUCUAAAGCUCUGUGAUGCAAGAUCUUCUAAAGAAGUAGAGAACUUAAAACAUAUACGCAAAUUUAGAAGUUACGUGUUUAGUGAGAAGUUGUGAUUUAUAAGCAUUUUGUGAAUAUAUUACUUUAAAAUAUGUAAAAUAAUUGUUAUAACUUCAAUGUUGAGAGCAAUAAAGCAAAAAUUAGCUCAUUGUAAAAUUUC